AUGGCGAGGACAGUCUUCGUGUUCAUGUUGCUUGGUACGGGAUCCGUGCCCGUGACGGGUGCCGGGUUCUUGGUGCCCGAACAGCAGCGAGUUUCUUACGAACAGGAAGGAUAUGGUGGGAGCUGAGGUGAUCCGAUCUACUGCAAUUGACUAGCAUCUGUUAGAAAAUAGUAGCCAAAGUUGUUGGCGAUUAGUUUGGUCUCGGAUGACCUGUCUUUCUCGAUAUAUUCAUUGAACAAAGGCGGCCUGGG